ACAGGGUCUGGGCUGUUUUCCAGCCCCGCUCUCUGGCUCGGGCUCUUCCUGGAGAAGGUGCUGACUGCCGCCUUCCUCCUCUUCCUCUUCCUGAGAAGCAAAGCGUAACCAGGGGAAGGUCUGAUCCUGAACCUCAAACUUCUCAGUUUGGACAACGGAGAGCUGGCAAAGGCUGCAGUGUUGAAAGGUCGCCCUCUGACAACAAAAUGGCUCCGUCGACCCCUGUGUCUGGAUUGUCUCUUCCAUGGUUGGUGCUGCUGCUUCUCCAGGAAAUCCCUGGGGUCGGGGCCCAGGAGUUCCAGCUGCUGCAGCCCCAGGGCGCCGUGUCGGUGUCAGCGGGAGAGACUCUCACUCUGAUCUGCUCUGUGACUGGGGUCCCUCCAGUGGGACCCGUGAAGUGGUUCAAGGGCUCGGGCAGUGGCCGCCAGCUCGUUUAUGCAGAUAAGGGAUCAUUCCCCCGGGUGACUCGGGCUUUCUCUGACACAAACUUCACCAUCCGCAUCAGUGACACCCGCCCCGAGGACGCCGGGAUCUAUCGCUGUGUGAAGUUUGAGAAGGGGUCGGUAGUCGAUGAGGAGUUCAGAUCCGGCGCUGGCACCGUCGUGACUGUGAGCGCCAGACCGUCGGCCCCGUCUGUGUCUGGCCCCCCCAGCAGGGCAGAGCCGGGUCCCCCAGUGACUUUCACCUGCACGUCAGGAGGAUUCUCCCCCAGAGACAUCGCUGUGACCUGGCUCAAAAAUGGGGCUAAACUCCCAGCCCCCCAGCCCCGGGUUCUCCCUGCACACGAGAGCGUCUCCUACAGCGUGUCCAGCACCGUGGGGGUGAGCCUGACCGCAGGAGACACCCGCUCCCAGCUCACCUGUCAGAUAGAGCACAGCACCUUACCGGCUCCCCUGCGUGCGACGUACAACCUCAGUGAUGCCCUGCGAGUUCCCCCCAGGCUGCGAGUGGGCACUGACCCAGCGGCGCCCGUCGCACUGAACGAGUCUGUGAUGUUCACCUGCCACGCAGAGGGGUUUUACCCGAAGGACGCGAGUCUCACCUGGCUGGAGAACGGAAAUGAGACGAAUCUGGGAAAAUCCUCCCCCCUGGCUGAGAAUCCAGACGGGACGUACACGCUCCAGAGCUCCCUGGAGGUCAAAGCAACUGAGCAGAGGAGGCAGUCUGCGUUCACCUGUCGGGUUGUGCACGAUUCCCAGCCCCCCGUCAGUGCCAGCGCGAUGCUGAGACUCUCCCAGGUUCCUGCUGAGCCAGGUAAAGAUCCCACUUCACCUAGUACAGCAGGUCAGGGUCUGUUCUCCAGCCCCGCUCUCUGGAUCGGGCUCUUCCUGGAGAAGGUGCUGACAGCCGCCUUCCUCUUCUUCCUCUUCCAGAGAAGCAAAGCAUAA